ACGUUUGCCCACAUAUUUUCAUUUAAUUGUUGUCUCUGCCCUCGAAAAGAAGUUGGACUCCCUUCACUCUGCCGCUUCAUACAAUCCCCACUCCUCAUUCCACCAAUCCAAUCCAGGGGUUGAAGCUUAAGCUUAACUGCCUACAACCCGCCUAGGGUUUCCUUUCAUUCUCUAAACAAACAGAUGGUGGCUGAGCGAGGAAAGAAAUCCAAGGUGGCCGCUCCAGCGGAGGAAGACUCCGAUCCCAUUGAUGGCGAGCUUGUUCUCUCUAUCGAGAAGCUUCAAGAAGUCCAGGACGAGCUUGAAAAGGUAAAUGAAGAUGCCAGUGACAAAGUACUGGAAAUUGAACAGAAGUACAAUGAAUUACGGAGGCCUGUUUAUGUCCGAAGAAGCGAGAUCAUAAAGACAAUUCCUGACUUUUGGUUGACUGCUUUUUUGAGUCAUCCAGCGCUUGGUGAUCUGUUGAAUGAGGAGGAUCAGAAGAUUUUCAAAUAUUUGGAUUCGCUUGAUGUGGAGGAUUUUAAGGAUGUGAAAUCGGGUUACUCAAUUACAUUUAAUUUCAAGCAAAACCCAUAUUUUGAAGAUACGAAGCUGACAAAGACAUUUAUCUUCUUAGAUGAAGGAACAACAAGGAUAACUGGUACAGCUAUCAAGUGGAAGGAAGGCAUGGGGGCUGCAAAUGGAGGCAGUCAUGAAAAGAAAGGAAAUAAACGACCAGCAUCUGAUGACAGCUUCUUUAGUUGGUUUUCUGAAACACAACAAAAAGAUACGCUUGAGGUAGAGGGGCUUAAUGAUGAGGUGGCAGAGAUAAUUAAGGAGGAUUUAUGGCCAAACCCUCUGAAAUAUUUCAACAAUGAAGCUGAUGAAGAGGAUUCCGAGGGAGAAGAGGAUGAUGAAGAGGGAAAAGGUGAUGAUGAUGAGGAAGAUGAUGAUGAGGAUGGCAACGAGGAGGAUGACACUUGAUAGUUAUUUUUGCAUCUCUCUUUUGUUGGCAUUUUGCAAAUUUGUAAUGGCAAGCACAAAUUUCAGUUAUUUCCGACUAAUCACUUGGGAAAAUUUUUAUUACUGUAGCUGCACGUACCUCCUGCAGAGUUCGCUCUCUUCUGCUAUGAAGAGAUUUACACAAGUGUAGUCAUGGCCUUAGUUAUUAUAUGCAAAUGUUCUGUUUAAGGUUUCUUAACUUA